AUGCCUAUAGUAACAUACCCUAAUAAAAUAACCUUCAAGAAUAACAAGGACGAAGGUGUUAAGGAGAAGACAGAUGAGGAUGUUGAUUUUGCCAUGAAGAUGAGAGAUGCUAUUGAUGUGCAAUUGAUCGACACAAAUCUAUACAUGAGUAAGGAGCUGUGGUUGCCAUUUGGAUCAAGAGGUGCCUUUGGUGGACAGAUCGUUGCUCAGGCAUUAAAAUCUGCAUGGGAGACAGUACAAGAAGACUUCUUUGUUCAUUCAUUGCACUCGUAUUUCAUCUUGGCUUGCAAUGUAGAUAUUCCAGUCAUUUACAAUGUGCAACGUAUCCGAGAUGGCAGAUCAUUUGCAACUCGUAUCGUGACAGCAACACAGAAAGGAAAGGCUAUCUUUGUAUGCAGUUGUAGUUUUGCAAAACCAGAAGAGGGCAUCUCCUUGAAUCAUCAAACUGACAUGCCAGAUGUUAUUGACGCUGAUAGCCUGCCUUCCGACGUUGAAUUGCUUCAACGAACAUUAGACAACACAGAGAACAGCUUUCCAGAGAAAUUUAGACAGAGAGUUCAAAAAAGAUUAGAGGAUGAUCAACCCAUUGAUUAUCGUGCAGUGAUUCAAUAUUCACCAGAGGAGAUUAUUACGGGUAACGUCAAACCAACUCCAUACUGUCAACGAUGGUUUAAAACAAGAGGUGCCCUGAAUGACGAUGACAUGAAAUUGCAUGCCUGCAUCAUUGCUUAUGCUUCAGACAGUGGCUUCAUCAACACAGCCGCCACAGCAAAUGGAUUUACCUUCAAUUCAGAGAGCAUAGGCAUGAUGACUUCACUGGAUCAUUCAGUCUGGUUUCAUGCACAAGCAAGAGCAGACGAAUGGCUUUUAUACGACAUUCAUAGUCCUCGCACAAGCAAUGGUCGUGGUGUAGCCUUUGGCAGAAUUUAUAACCGAGAUGGUAUUUUGGUGGCUACGACUGCUCAAGAGGGUAUUGUGCGUCUGUCUGAAAUGGAGCAGAAGAGACAGAAGAAGCAAGCAGAGGCACAGCAGCAUUUGGUCUCUGAUGGCAGCAACAGUAGUCGGCUUUAA